CCCGCAGCAGCUCAGAGGGAGACUGGACCAGUACACCACAGACCAGCACAGCCACUGGGACCAGUACACCAGAGACCAGCACAGCCACUGGGACCAGUACACACAGACCAGCACAGCCACUGGGACCAGUACACACAGACCAGCACAGCCACUGGGACCAGUACACACAGACCAGCACAGCCACUGGGACCAGUACACACAGACCAGCACAGCCACUGGGACCAGUACACACAGACCAGCACAGCCACUGGGACCAGUACACACAGACCAGCACAGCCACUGGGACCAGUAUACAGAGAUAUUCAUCACCAGUGAUAGCGGAACUAUGCCUGCCUUAGGAAUUACCCCCCUGCUGGCUGCAGCCAUCCUCAUUGGGCUCCUGGACUUGGCGUUGGCAUCAUGCCCAUCCGUGUGCCAGUGUCCCUUAGAGGUGCCCAGAUGUGCCCCAGGGGUAGGAUCAGUCCUGGACAGCUGCGGGUGCUGCAAGGUCUGUGCCAAGCAGCUGAAUGAGGACUGCAGCAAGAGCCAGCCCUGCGACCACACCAAGGGACUAGAGUGCAACUUCGGGGCCAGCUCCAGGGCCACCAGGGGCAUCUGCAGAGCAAAGUCUGAAGGCAGACCCUGCGAGUACAACUCCAGAAUAUACCAGAAUGGGGAGAGCUUCCAGCCAAACUGCAAGCACCAGUGCACGUGCAUCGAUGGGGCCGUGGGGUGCCUGCCUUUAUGCCCCCAAGAACUUUCCCUCCCAAACCUGGGCUGCCCAAAUCCAAAGCUGGUGAAGGUACCAGGGCAGUGCUGCGAGGAAUGGGUGUGCGACAAAGCCAGAGGCACAGGCGAUGAGGACACGGAGGACUUCUUCAGCAAGGAAUUAGGGCUGGAUGCUAAUGAAGGAGACCUGACCAGUAAAAACGAGUUUGUCCCUAUUGUGAAAGGAGGACACAAAAUGCUGCCAGCAUAUGGCGCUGAUCCGCAAGCUCACGUUGUUGAGACUCAGAAGUGCAUUGUCCAAACAACAUCCUGGUCCCAAUGCUCAAAGACCUGCGGAACUGGCAUCUCUACACGGGUUACCAAUGACAACAGCAACUGCAGGCUAGUGAGGGAGACCAGGAUCUGCGAGGUCCGGCCGUGUGGACAUACAAACUACUCCCAGCUAAAGAAGGGAAAGAAAUGUACAAAAACCAAAAAAUCUCCGGCUCCAGUGCGAUACAGCUACGCCGGCUGCAGCAGCGUGAAGAAGUACAGACCGAAAUAUUGCGGGUCUUGUAUGGAUGGGAGAUGCUGCACCCCCCAACAGACGCGGACUGUCAAAAUCAGAUUCAGGUGUGAGGAUGGGGAAACCUUCACCAAGAACGUCAUGAUGAUCCAGUCCUGUAGGUGCAACUACAACUGCCCCCAUGCAAACGAAGCCUACCCCUACUACAGAUUAUUCAACGACAUCCACAAAUUCCGAGAUUAAAUCCAACCAGCCGCAUAUGGACAAACUUGAGAAAAUUGGGAAUUUACUGCUGUGGAGACGUUGCAAUGCCGUCUGUGGACACUGUGUGGACGCAAGGAAUUUAUAAAGUGCAUUAUUACCACCUGGUCUUCAAUACAGCAGACUGAACUAUUUUACAGCUUCAUAGUACUGGAGCAAAAUGCGUCGCUUCUUUUUUUGGAGCAAUUUCUAAUAUUAUUAUAUUAUUAUUCUGGUAGUAAAUUAUCGUCUUAAGUAUUCUUCUGGUCCGCGAGAGAGUUGUUCCUGCAUAAUGUUACUGAACGACCAAAUUAUGGUACACUUGGGAAAAAAAAAAAAAGAAGAAAAACGAGUUGAGCAUUACAUUCCUUCCUUAACGGAUUGCGCUUGGUAAAAGCGCGGAUCUACGGCAGCUAUCACAAGCCAACAAUUCUUAAGCAAACAGAAGUCAAAUUCAAUGUGUUUUUAUUUAUCAAAAUGUAGCUUUGUUUUUGGAGACAAACGUUAUACUGGAAUAAAUUGUAAAUUGUUUUAAUUUUUAUAUUCAAUGAAUUAAAUAUAUUAUUUAUGGAAUUAAUCAU